UUCUUCCCGUCCGCAGUCGGGCUCAUUAACAGAGCCCGGGUCCCCCACUGACUCAGUCAUCCCCAGGACAAUUUUCUUCCCUCCCUACUACUCCCCUUAUUUAUUAAAUAUUUAUUUUUAAAUAUUUUAAUCGCGAUUAAAUAUUUUAAUCGUUGCCCAGCACUAAUAUAAAGUAUUAUGUAUAAAGUAUAAAGUGUAAUAUAUAAUGUCUCUGUGUUUAUCUCCAGGACGACAGCAGCUGUGCCAGAGUCAGAGUUUAUGAAGUGAGGAAGAGGAGGAGGAGACGAACGAGGAAGAAUCAGAACAAGAGUUUAGAUAAUCAGGAGACGUCUAAAGAUGUGAAGCCUAAAGAUGUUCAUCUGAAGCGUUUGAGACAAAAGGAGACAAAGACCAAACCCUGCAAUCCUCCAGCAGCAGGCGAUGCGGUUCAGCCCAACCGUCCUCCUCCUCCAUCGGAGCCAAAGCCGUCGAAGCGUCUGACCAUCGUGGCGGAGUGUAAGUGGGCAGGCGACGGGGACCGAAACCUGGUGCUGAAGACGCUCUGUGAGGCGAUGGCUCAGAACCAGCUGGACCAACCGUUCUGGAUCAGAGACUAUCUGGUCAGUCCAAUCAGCCGGACCGAGGAGGCCGAACACAACGACUGCUGCAUCCACUACAGGAUGCACAUCUCCAGACCCAAACUGGAGCGGGAGGAACCAGUGAGACCUCAACAACACAGGAAAUGGAGGGAGACGAAACCACAGCAGGAACCCCUGAAACAGGUAGUCGUGGAGGAGGAGCCUCCUGAAGAUUGGCAGCGGGAGGUGGAAGAGGAGGAGGAGGAAGAGGAAGCGCCUCCUGAAGACUGGCAGCGAGAGGUGGAGGAAGGUGACAUCGAGGAGGAGGAGGAGGAGGAGGAGGAGGAGGGAUCAACAGAGAAGGAAAUGAAGAAGGUAUCGAAGAGGAAGAUGAUGGUCAGCAUGGCGCUGCCGUUCCUCACAGGAGUCUCUUCCGCCGGUUUCCUCUCAGCCAAUAGGAAGCAGCCGGGAGGAACAGACCACCUGGUCCAGGUGAAUGGGAAGCUUUAUCCUCUGGCUAAGAUCCAGCUGGGGAAGAUGGGGGCGCUCCAUCCGGCCAACCGGCUGGCAGCAUAUCUGACCGGCCGGGUGGGGUCCAACAGGAAGCACCAAGGUUCCUCUUCAUCGUCCUCUAAAGCAGGACCGACCCCCCCGACCACCUCCUCCGUGGUUCCCGCCCCCCCACUCAGAUCUCAGCCGUCGGUCACAAUGCUCACCCUCCCAACCCCCACCACAGUGUUUCAGCCUGCAGCAGUGAAGGUCGACCAAUCAGCUGCCUCCUCUCAUCAUUCUGCAGGUGAAGCACCUAAGGAGGCGGGGACCCAGGUGGUCAUGGUGAAGGUGUACCCGGGUCUAAAGGGAGGGGCCAGUGAGAUCAGAGUGGUACCUGCAGCUCCUGUUAGCUCCGCCCCCAUUUCAGACUCUCAGGUGAGCAGCUCUGUGGCCUCACCUGUAAAUCUGGCUCCUAAAGGCUCCCAGCUUUUGAUGCUUCAGGUCCCGGCUCCUCCCGGAAAACUUCCUCUGCCUCCUCCCCCCACCUCCUCCACCAGUCAGACGAUGGUCCUGCAGCCAGUCCAGUCGAAGUCAGGUGUCCAGUACUACCGUAGACCAGACGGAAAACUGGUCCAACUGGUUCCCAUCAGCCAGCUGAGAUCAGUCAACCCGAACCUGUCUGCCCAGAGAGUCCUUCCUGCUGCAUCCCUUCAGACUCCAGUUGGUAACCAAACUCCACCAUCGACCACAGUGACCUCCAUCCUCCCCUCCUCCUCCACCUCCUCCUCCUUCACCACCCCUCUCCACCCUGGUUUGUUGGCUCAGACGAGGACGUGCACCUUUAAGAUCCUCCCCUCCGGCUCCAGCAGGGACCCGAUCAUCGUGACUUGUCCUAAAGUUCCCUCCAAGGCGAUGUCUCCCGGCUCCUUCACCCUCCUCCAGUCUCAGCCUCCUCCUGUCUCACUCUCCUCCAGUCUCACCCUCCUCCAGUCUCCUCAUCCUGCCCCCCCGAUGAGCCUCAUCUCCCUCAAACCCUCCACAGGUGGGGGGGCCGAGCUCGGGGUCAAAAUGGUGAAGGUGUCUCCGGCCCCGGCGGGUCCCGUUGGGGUGUUAGUCCAGAACCCAAUAGGAACCAGACCCUCACCCGUCCCCUCACCGGAGCCGGCCAGCGACCUGGUGGAUCUGGACAUCGUUUGUGUGGACAACGAGGCGGAGCUCGUUACCAUGGAGAGGGGGGGCGGGGCCAAAUAUAUGCUGGAUGGGGAGGGGCCAGAGGGGGAGGGGCGGAGCAGUGAGACGGACAACUCGUCAGAUUUUGGGGACGAGUUGGACAGUGAAGAGACGAAGCAGCCGAACGUCAAGACGCACACGUUCUCUCUGGUUCUACAGACGUUCUCUUCGUGUUCUACAGAUGUUCUACAGAUGUUCUUGUUUCUUUGUGUGCAGCGUCACCUCCUCAACGCGUUGGAGAAGAGCCGUCGGGUGACGCAUCAUCAGCUGUUCAAAGGUCUGAGGAGAGAAGUCGGUCUGAGUGAAGAGACGUCGAAGGUCUUCACGCUGAAGAAGGCGGUUCAGGUGAUCCAUCAGCUGAGGACCACCGACUCAGAUCUAGAGAAGAAGAAGAGGAGGUUGAAGAAGAGGAGGGACGAGUUCCUCACCUUCAUCGCUCCAUCAUCGGAGAGAUCAGCUGAGCCGUCAGAAGGAGGCAGGACAGGAAGCAGAGACCUGAUGGAGGAUCUGUUCGACUCGGACGAACCGAUGGAGGACUUGUCUGACGAGACCGUUGUUACCACGGCGACCAACGUGGAGGAGAGCGGUCGGCUGAAUGCGGCUCAGAGGAGGCUGAAGAGGAUCAUGAGGAACAUGAGGAACGUGGACUCGGACUGUUUGAGGGUGAAGGAGCUGGUCGGAGCUCUGAGCCUCACGAAGGCCUUCAGAGGUCUACGUUCAGUCAUGAAGACCAGAGGCUCGUCAAAGAGACUCCUGCUGGACCAGGCCCGUCAGGAGAUCCAGACUCUGCAGAGUGAGUCGGCGACACUGAAGAGUAUGAAGAUCUGUCUGAACCAGCAGAGAGACGCCUUCAUCAGAGACAUCUCCCUCCGAUCAGGUAAAAGUCAGCAGAGAAUCCUUGUGGAGCUGCAGCACCAGUCUACCAAACAGAGGGAGACGGAGAAGCGUAAGAGAAACCGAACAGCCAAUCAGCUGCCAGCAGCAGCAGCAAGGGGCGGGGCCUCAGAUCCUCCAGCACCCUCCGGCCUGCAGCAGCGAGCUCCACAGGCUCCUCCCACCGCCAAACGUGUUCAUCAGCCUCAGAGCGUCCUGCACCUGGCUCCUCCUGGUGUAUUCCACAAUGCAUCAGUGGUGAGGGACAGGCCGAGGACGGUCCCCAACAUCCUGUCUCGCAGUAGAACUCCAGCUGCAUCGUCAUCUUUUAAGGCUAUGUUACCGGGGGAGAUUCUGUCGCUGGUCCGUGCUGCGUUGCCGGGGCAACAACUCCUGGCCAUGAGCCCGUUGAUGGCGUCUCCUUCACCAGGCAUGACCACAGUCACCCUCAACCUCCCCAAUCUGACCAACCAGCAGAUCAGCUCCGCUCCCUUAACCUUCACGAACCUCACAGCUGCAAACUUCAACAACCUGCUGCAGCUGGUUCAACCAUCAAGUACACAACAGAUGCUACAAGCACCCCAAAAAAUACUACAAGCACCACAAAGAAAAUUUCAACUACCACAACAAAUACUACCACCACCACAGCAAAAAAUACUACCAGUACCACAACAGCUACUACAACCACCACAACAGAUAAUACCUCCACCUCCCCAGCAGCAGCAGCAGCUCCCAACUAGUCCAUCCCUGCUCGUCUCUGCUGGCUCUGACUUCUCCUCAGACCAGAUCAAAGACCAGGACCGGCCUGAGUCCUCUUUGCCGGCUCCACCCUCCACUCAGGGGGGCCCAGGUCCGAGGGCUGAUGGCCGGGUAGCAGUGGGGGAGCCUCUGGGUGAGGACGAGAGUCUGACCUCCCUCCUCAACGAGAUCGUCUUCCUUAAUCAGCAGACUGUCCCCUUGUCAUCGGAGAACCCCUCCUCUGAGGAAGCGGCGGUGGGCGGAGCCACGGAGCAGGGACACGCCCACAGCCCCUGGCUCCUGGAACUGGACUCGGACUCUGACGACCUAAUUGAGACGACGUGGGGCGGGAGGCAGCUCGGACUCGCCAACGAGAAUGCUAAUACCCUGGCUCCGCCCCCUCUGCUUCAGAUGCAGGUGGGCGGGGCUAAGGUGGCAGACCCCCCCAGCAGCGAUAGAGCAGCAGGGGGGGAAGACGAAGGAGGAGGAGGCGGAAGUAGGAGGGAGGGGUGCGUGGCCUGGAGGCCGAUGCCGAGGCUGGUUCCUCUGGGACUGAGAGGAAACGCCCCCAGCUGACAUCACACGGAUCAGCUGACAUCACUCUGAUGAUGUCACAGCAGAGAUAGGACCUCAUGGGUCAUCUGCAGACUGUUUUCUGAUUGGCUGUUAGAGUUCUGUUUGAUUUCAGCAACAGUUUGUCUUUUUUUUUUUUCUAGUAAAACAGAAACACCUGAGGGCCAAUCAGAAACCCGCUGUUACCCUGACGAUGAUUCAGAACGUUUCAUUGGUCGUUUACAGACGAACACAGAUUUUAUUUAUUUUUGUCCUUAAAGAUUCAGGUGACGCUGCAGCGACGUGCCACUUUUAGGAGAAAAGUUGAUGAGGAACAGUUUCCAUGUAAGUUGCUCGUUGGUCUCAUUGGAAGAUUGUUGCCGGAAGAAAUUUGUCCACGUUUUUUUUUUAAUGGUUGCAGCAACGUGAAUCAGACAACUGUCGAUGUAUUGAGAGGAUGUCUGUCUGUCUGUCUCCUUUAAACUGCUGCUUUCAAUUAGUUCAUUUUUGUUUACUUUGAGAAUCAGGAUCACUGAGAACAAAGAAAAAAGAUUUAGACGUAAAUAACCACAAUAUUUGCACAAUGUUACGAGUGUGUGUGGGUGUGUGUGUGUGUGUGUGUGUGUGUGUGUGUGUGUGUGUGGAUUCACAUUAAACUGAUAUCAGUUUUGAAACAGGAAGUAGAAACAUAUGAGUCAGCUCAUAUUCAGAGUAAAUAAUAAAUACAAACCGUCUGAAAGCUGCUGUAUGAAUGUUAAACGGUGUGAAGUUCAGCAGUCCUGGACUCAGCUGGUUUCAGCUGGACCUGCUCAGUGUUCACAGGACAUAACGGAUCGGAUGAAGCUGCUACUCUUCGUCUUCAUGUUUGUACAGUUUCUUCUUGUUUUUCCUAAAUUUGUAUUUUUGUAUGUAUUAAAGGACUCUGAUGUAAAUACAUGUUGUUGCAUCAUAACUCUAAUAUUCUGUAAAUAAAGUUUAAAUAUCAA